AUGGUCCUCCUGUUGUCUUCAACCGUCUCCCUCCUUGGCGGGUUAAUGUUCGGGUAUGAAUUCGGAAUUAUCUCCGGGGCAUUGUUGCAGCUGCAGCUCGACUUCCGUCUUGGCUGUCUUGAACAGGAAGUCCUAGUGAGUUCCUUGCUCAUUGGAGCUCUCCUGGCUUCUUUAGUGGGCGGGAUCUUCAUUGACCGACAAGGAAGACAGAGAGCAAUACAAGUCAGCAAUGUGAUCUUGCUGUGCGGAAGCCUCCUCCUCACGCUAGCCAGGUCCUUUGUUUGCCUGGUGUUUGGGCGCAUGACUGUAGGAUUUGCAAUCUCGUUGUCAUCCAUGGCGUGCUGCAUCUAUGUCUCUGAAUUGGUGGCCGCGCAUCGGCGGGGGGUGCUGGUUUCCCUCUAUGAAGCUGGCAUCACAGUGGGCAUCUUACUUUCGUACGCUCUGAAUUACAUCUUCUCGGAUACGGCAGAGGGCUGGCGGUACAUGUUUGGCUUGGCCGUGGGCCCCGCAGCCGUUCAGUUUUUCUGCACCCUGUUCCUCCCAAAGAACUCCGUUAAGCUGAACGUAUGUGGCAGCGAGACUCGCAGAAGCCUCAUUCAGCUACAGAAGAAUGAAGAGGGUGAAGACGUAAUGCCGCAGGGCCCAAAGGAGAAGCAUUACUCUCUUGUGGACCUUCUGAGCUCAAGGGACAACAUGAGAAGCAGAACUCUGGUGGGCCUCGGACUAGUGCUCUUCCAGCAGCUCACAGGGCAGCCCAAUAUUCUUGGUUACGCCUCCAAAAUCUUCCGCUCCGUUGGCUUUCAGAGUGACUCCUCUGCAGUCCUGGCUUCUGUCGGCUUAGGAGUGGUGAAGGUUGCAGCCACUUUAGUUGCAAUGGUUUUUGCAGAUAAGGCUGGCCGGAGGGUACUGUUGAUGGCUGGGUGCACAGUGAUGGCCUGUUCGGUGACGGCCAUUGGCUUGACCAGCUGCUCCAUUCCAUUCAACGUGGCCAAAGACUGUGAAAUGCCAGUAGGGUCAAACAGCACUUUGUUUGGUUCAGAUCCUUUCCCUAUGAAGGCAGUGUCUCCCCAGCCCAAUAUGUCAUACUUCCCCUGGACAUCAGACACUGGUGGGAUUCAAGCAGAUCCAUCUCUUGCUAUCACGAGGCCAGGAGGGUUCAGCGGAACUGUUGCCAGCAAUAAACACAGAGGCAAAAUGGCAAACGUUUCCUCACGCGCUGAAAAAGCAGGCCUGCUAGAUCCAUCCCCUGAAGGAAAGGCACGAAGCUCUGGCUCCUCUGUCCCUGAGGCCCUUUCUAAGGAACGGUUGAUUCUCAGCUGGAUUACGCUGCUAAGCUUGAUGGCUUUUGUGAGCGCAUUCUCCAUUGGGUUUGGGCCAAUGACAUGGCUUGUCCUCAGUGAGAUCUAUCCUGCUGGAAUACGAGGAAGAGCCUUUGCCUUUUGCAACUGCUUCAACUGGGCCGCUAAUCUGCUGAUCAGUCUCACGUUCCUCAACAUCAUUGAGGUCAUUGGCUUAUCAUGGACAUUCCUUUUCUAUGGACUAGUGGGAGUGGUGGCUGUUAUAUUUAUUUAUCUUUUUGUACCAGAAACCAAAGGACAGUCUCUUGAAGAAAUAGACCAGCAGUUCUCAAAGAAACGGUAA